AAGUUUUUUAACAGUAAAAGUUGAAAAGUAUCGAUUCCUAUUUUGACUUAUUAAAGUAUUAUUUGUCUUAACGAUUAUAACGAGUGUAAGUAUUUACUUGUUCAUAAACGUCACUGGGAAUUGUCAGACACCCAUUUUACGUUCAUAAUAUAACUUGUUGAAUUGGUUGGUCCUUGUGUAAGAAUUCCUUUCAACUGUAAUUUCUGAAAGCCACGGCUGGUUUUCAUAUAGUUUGAGAUUUAUUGGACUGCAAAGCUUGCCUUGGAUUUGCUAGUUGAUUUCCAUUCUCUCGUUCGUUCUGCGCCUGUGUCAAAGGUUCGUUGAUUUACUUUGGAUGAACUUCAAUGCUUUAUUGCCCUCUUCGUUGUGACUCUAAUGAGUAUUCCUCUAUGGAAUCCAUCCAUCACUUGGAAACAGCUCAUGAUAUCCCUUUGGCUUCACUAAGUUCAAAGGCUUUUCUAUGCGCUCCAGAGAUUGUAUCUAAUCUGGAAGCGAAUAGAAUUGCUGCAAAUGAUCCAAAAAAGCUUCUUGCAAGCUCACAAGCAGACGCCUUGAAGCGUGUGUUAAAUGUUCAACAGAAGGAAAGAGUUGCUGGAAAAGAGAAACGAUUUAAAUGCCUUUUUUGUGGUAAUAGAUAUUUAUUUACCCGUGAAGAAUGGUUUGAGCAUAGUUUUAAUGCCCAUGAGCUCAACAUUGGACUAUCGGAUAAUGUUGUUUAUUUUGACUUGUUUCUAAGCAAAUUGAAGCAAGAAUUAGAAAGCUUAUGCUGUCUUUUCUGUUCUGCUUCUUUUCAAAACACUGAUGUUCUCUAUGACCACAUGCGCAAGAAGCGACAUCUUAGACUAAAUUCAAAGUCAUCCAAUUAUGACGAACAUUAUAUCAUAAACUAUGCAUCCAUUACUAAAUCUUUCGCUUCUUCGCAGGUCGAUUCAUUCGUUGCUGACGAAAACGAUACUGAUACAGCAUCUGAUAUAAAUGAUGAAGACGCGGAACCAAUCAUCGCCAAAUGCGUAUUUUGUGAGGAACGAUUAGAUCCAGAGGAAUGUUUUCGACAUUGUAGGAUAAUUCAUGAUUGGGACCUUUCUUCCAUUCAAAAUCUAUACCAUUUAGAUAUUUAUGGCACUAUUCGCGUUAUUAAUUAUGCUAGAGCUACCCAGUCAAAAAAACUACCUAAUAAAGACGAUCCUUUUUGGACCGAAUCGAAAUGGCUAAUUCCAGUUCUGGAAGAUGAUGCAUUAAUUAUUUCCCUUGACAACUCUGCCGAAGACACUGUAUGACCUUGUCCGGUUACUGAGAUAGGUCUCGGUGUAUGCUUUCUUUUAUUAUGGUAAUUUCCGAAACGUUCGUUCAGCAUCCCCGCUCGCCCUUUCUUUCCAUUUUUUCGAAGCUAAUUUAUCAAAUUUUUUUGUUGAUUACGGACGACCAUCUGAACGCUGCGCUUUCACAAAUUCAUUCGUACAUUUGGAUACCGCCUUGGACCCAAGUUUGCCAGAUCCUUAAUUUUGAGAGUAUUUAUUAUUCAAAGUUGAAUUGAGCCACUUUUCAAUGACUAGUUUGUCCCUCUAACUCUGUAAUAAGAUACAUUCUAGUUGGUUUCACCUGUUGAGAGAUUUAUAUUUGUUUGCUUUGAGAACUUUGUCUUUCCAAAAUUACAAUGCAUAGAAAGGGAUAUAGAAAAAUUUUGUUUAUUUAUUCUAUCUAUUGGACCAUGGUGUAUAUAUAUCUUAGUUGGAAUCAGUCUGGCUGAAAGCAUAUAUGUAGGAAGCAUUCUUUUAGAAGCAUUAGCAUGAACAGGUAAAUCUGAUUUAUGAGUUUAAGAAACCUAUGAUGGAACUUGAAAACUCUACAUACAAAGCAUUAUGAUUCAGCACUUUCACUUGAUCUUUGGGAUAAGCAUCCUGUAGUUGAUAGUCAGAUCAAUUAUAUUCUUAAACUAUGGAAAAUUACUUUUUUGAUUCUCGAGUAAAGAAAACGUAUAUUUUUGGAGACAGUGUUUUAAAUCAUCACUACGUCCAAUUUCUAACAAGUUCCACCUUGGUAAACCGACUGUGAAGUGAAUUUUUACUUGUUUACUGAUUUAUAGGAAUAAAAAGUAGUUUCUAUAAGUGUUUAA